CUCCCUUCAUUUUCUGGUUCUCUCUCUCUCUCUCUCAACAUUCGCUCUGUGAUUUUCUUUUUUUUUUAAUUCUCUUUCUCCUCCGUCAUUAGGGCUUUCUACUUCUUUUCGAUCAAUUGAUUCUUAGAUGCUCCGUCAAUCCAUGGCGCUUCCUCCGCCGAACCAUGGUUCUGAUGCGCCGCCGCGACAGCAGCACCCAUCUCCGCAGCCACCACCGGUUGUGAACGUGAGUGAGAGCUCUAGACGGCAACAUAUUGCAGCUUCUUCGUCGCCGGUGAAAUCUCAUCCGCUUCAUAACUUCCCGCUUUCUGAUCUCAGGUGGGCUAUGAAUCACGCCAAUACACAUCGGCUCCGCAAACCAUCCGGUAGAUCUCCACUUCGCGAAGCUAAUCCUGGGAAAGGGAAUCUCGCCGUUGAGGAGGUGAACGAAGCAUCAGGUUCGUCUUCUUUUGAAUUGAGACCGGAGAAGAAGAAGGGAAGCGCGUCUGGUGUCAGUGACUCCGCCGCUGAUCGAUCUGGAACGAAGUCAACGACGGCGGACGGUAGAUCGAAGAUCUUUAUCCGGAUCCGCACGAAGAACAACGAAGAAACAGCUGAUGUCUCCACCGCCGCGGUCUCCGCCUCACCGACUGAUAUCACCACCGCUACCGGCGUCUCCGCUGUCCACGUGGCUGAUGAUUCAGCCGGGCCGGCGAUCGAUGCUGAUGCAUCGAUUGGUGAACGGAUCUCCGAUGGUGGUGGUCAGGAAGCAGACGAGUUUGGACCGAAGACUUGGAAUCUGAGGCCGAGGAAACCACCGCCGACUAAGAAGCGUUCAAUUGGAAACGGAGGUGGGGUAUUGAAGAGCUGCAGCGAUUCAUUGCCGGAGUACAAAGCUCAGGGAACGGUUCGAACAGAGGCAAUUCGAUCCAGGAACUGUGUGGAUGCCAAGAUUGCAACGACAGAGAGAAAGGAGAAGAAACCAAGGUUAUCGAUCGCGCUCUCAAAGUUGGAGAUAGAUGAGGAUAUUUACGCGUUGACCGGAUCAAAACCUAGCAGAAGACCAAAGAAGAGAGCCAAGAACGUGCAGAAGCAGCUCGAUGUUCUUUUCCCAGGUUUGUGGAUGGGUAACGUUUCUCCAGACGCUUACAAGGUCUCAGAACAUGCUUGAAAGGGUUGAUUGAGGACGAUGUUAAGUUAAUCUCGUUGAAUUGGCUUCCACUGAAACCAGAUUGGGGCACUGAAGAAGCUUUUCUCACAGAAUAAGAAAUGCAAUUGGCUCGAAAGCCUUGGCUUCAUUUUUUGGGCGUGCUCCAAGCAGUGUGAAUACUGUCUCGAGGAUUUCAAAGCAUCCAGUCCAACUCCUAAUUACAGCUUCAUAUUCGGUCCGGAACCGGUGGCAGUUUGAAAUGUGACCCAGACCGGCUCUGAUCCAGCCGACUUGUGUGAUUUAAUAGGCCAUUUAUUUUUUUCCCGUUUAUGCACUUAUUGAUCCUUUUGUAAUUAAUUAGUGAAUAGAAUUUUGAUUUUCAUUAGCUGACCUUGCAAAGGUGUAAAAUUGGAUCAGAACCAUUUUUCUUUUUCAUGAUUAAAUGUGUAAAAGAUCGAUAUAUUGGUCAAAUACGAAACAGAAAUAUCAUUUACAGCAA